ACACACAGCCAUGGUCGGUGUGUCAUCCACUUCGCCUUCUCUCAAAGCCAACUUCAACCCCCAAAGCUUCACCGCCACAAGCCAUCUCUGCAACUCUACCUGCAAACCCGCUUCAACUUCUCUGCUAUACCUUGGUCAAAUUUAUGGCGACACCACGAGACCCAACAGGUCCAAAAUGCCAAACUCAAAUGGGUUCUUCUCUGUUAAAGCUUACAUGGAUAAUCCAAACUCCAUCUCCAGCUUCGCCAGCAAGGUCAUUGGCUCUCUCCCUGUUGUUGGGUUAAUAGCAAGAAUUCUGAGCGAUGAAGGUGGCCUUGGUGGAGACAUUAUUGAUUUUGCAGAGUUUCGAAGGCGGGUGGGGAAGAAGUGUACAACUUCUGAUUCCCGAGCUUUUUAUGAAUUUCAAGAUCGACGUGGCCGGGCAGGGGAUCCUCUGUAUGUUCUACUAUGCUGCUGGGUAGCAGCCAUUGGUGCUGGUCUUCUGAAAUCUGAGGAGAUUUUAGAAGGGGCGGCGAGGCUGCGGGUUUCGAAUGAUAUCGAAUUUGAAGAGCAGAAUUUCAUUUCCUUGAUCAACGAGGCAAAAGAGAGAAGGGCAAAACUAAAAGCUGCUACCCCAAUUAUCCCAUUGGAGAUUCGAAUCGAGAAGGCUCUUGAAGGGAUCUACCUCUGCUGCUUUGGGAAGGACCCUAUAGAAGAAGAAGACGAGAGACUUCUAAAUGUCAUGCUUAAGGCUGUUUAUCCAUCCAUUGAGCAGUCUGAGAUACAACGGAUUGUCAAGGACAAGGCACAGAAAGUAGCUGAAGGCUGUGAUGAAGGCAGUGUUCGAGAGCCGAAACCCCUAUCAAAAGAAGCUGUUACAAUGCAAAUGAAGGACCUCCAAUUCCUUCAACAAAAUAGAGAUACUUGAAGUUCUUGUCCUCACUUGUAAGAAAAUUCAUGACUGAGAAAUUCACAGGAGAACUGCACAAACUGGAAAACUGUACCGAGAACUUGUGCUAUGCAUGUAUCUAGCAAGCUUGAUUGGUACUUUGGUGGUAACAGAUUAUGCUAAUGAGAUACAACAAAGAGUUCUCUUUUUUAUCAA